AUGUUCGAGCAGGAGGAUACUGAGGCUGUGAUCCAUGAGAAGGACGGAAUCAUUAGCAUAAUAAACCUGAAAUCUUACGAUACGCAUUCAACGAGCGUUCGCACGUUCUCCACUUCUACCAUCCUAUUUGACGAUGCGAUAAAGAGUGUAAGCGAGACAUCAGUCGCCGGUGUGCGGCUCGCCACGAUAAGUUCAUUUCGCUCUCCAUAUCUCAGACAGCAAAAUUUUGAAAUGGUCGGUAUGCCGUCAAUUGCAGGUGCUGUAAGCAUGACUGAAUCUCCUAAAUAUGUCGCUGUCUACAUGUCGAAUUUGCUGUAUAUAAGAGAGGAGGCUGCAAUCUCAAUCCCCAAGCCUCACUUCUUGACGGUUUCACAUACUUGGCGCGCUGGGGUCCUAUAUUUCUCAAACUCAACAUACACGGACGCACAACUUGACCACACACAAUUGGUCAUGGCACGAAAGCGCAAGAGGUCUGCACUCGACACGCAGAAUAGGAAAAAGCGAGCCAAACGAGCUUACGAGACUCGAAUCUAG